AUGUUGGGACAUGUACGGGACUUUUGUUAUGAAUUAUUUAUUGGCUCCAUCCACCAAAAUCCUAAAGGUUUUGCUCCUCUUGUAAAAUCCUAUGAAGAUUUUUAUAAUAGAAGACUUUAUCGUCGUAUUUGUGAUUGUUGGAACAGGCCAAUUGCUAGCAGACCUGGUGCUUACAUUGAAGUGAUGAAACGUUACUCCAACGACUAUAAUCAGACAAUUCAUGUUACCGAUGAAACGAUCCAUUGUUUGAACUUGGCCAGUUACAAUUAUUUGGGCUUUGCUGAUAGUCCAAAGCAUGUGUUGGACGAAGUUCUUGCAAGUCUUGACAAGUACGGACAAGCUCAAGCUUCAGCCUAUGGAGAUUUGGGUUUCACCAAGGUCCAUAGAGAAUUAGAAGAAAUGACAGCAAGAUUUGUUGGAAAGGAAGACGCAAUUGUAUUUUCUAUGGGAUUUGCAACUAAUAGUACUACCAUUCCAUUGUUGGCCCCAACUCCAGAUUGUUUGAUUAUUAGCGAUCAACUCAAUCAUACUAGUAUUGUUGCCGGAGUAAGAUCCUCAAGCGGAGCAAAGGUCACUGUAUUUAAACACAAUGACAUGGACCACUUGGAAAAGAUCGUUCGUAAGAGCAUCAUUGAAGGACAACCAGGAACUCACAGACCUUGGAAAAAGAUUCUUAUCAUUGUCGAAGGAAUUUAUAGUAUGGAAGGAGAAAUUGUUAAUUUGAAGAGAGCUGUCGAAAUUAAGAAGAAGUAUGGAUGUUAUUUGUAUGUUGAUGAAGCUCACAGCAUUGGUGCUUUGGGUAAGACAGGUCGAGGAGUCUGUGAUUAUUGUGGUGUCAAUCCUGCAGAUAUUGAUAUUUUGAUGGGAACUUUCACCAAGAGUUUCGGAUCUGUUGGUGGAUACAUUGCUGCUAACAAGGAUGUGAUUAGUUAUUUGAGAAAGAAUUGCUAUGGUUUAAUUUAUGGUAGUAUUAUUCCAGCACCAUGUGCCCAACAAGCACUCUCUGCUUUGAAGGUUAUUACUGGUGAAGAUGGAACUGAUAUUGGAAAGAAGAAACUUGCUCAACUCAAUGAGACAUCAAAUUACUUUAGAGAAGGCCUCAAGAAGUUAGGAUUUGAAGUGAUCAGCGAUGCUGACUCUCCUGUUAUUAUUACCAUGCUUUACAAUCCCGCAAAAUGCCAUCAUUCUCACGAAUGGCCCUAG